ACUUGAGGUCGGGCUUCCUUGGUGGCGGCGCAGUCGCGGUGCAGACGGCCGACGGGCGGGCGCUUUGCGGUUUGAAUGGCUGCGGGCCCGGGCCCUCAGCUCACCUGAGGACCGGCCGCCCAGGGGUGCGCGAUGCCGUCGGGAGGCGACCAGUCGCCGCCGCCCCCGCCCCCUCCUCCGGCGGCGGGAGCCUCGGAUGAGGAGGAGGAAGACGACGGCGAGGCGGAGGACGCCGCGCAGCUGGCCCGCUCGCCGGCCCCUCAAACCCUGCAGCGGUUCGAAGAGCUGUGCAGCCGCCUGAACAUGGACGAGGCGGCGCGGGCCGAGGCCUGGGACAGCUACCGGAACAUGAGCGAGAGCUACACGCUGGAGGGAAAUGACCUUCACUGGUUAGCAUGUGCCUUAUAUGUGGCUUGCAGAAAAUCUGUGCCAACUGUAAGCAAAGGGACGGUUGAAGGAAACUAUGUGUCUUUAACUAGAAUCCUGCGAUGUUCUGAGCAGAGCUUAAUUGAAUUUUUUAACAAGAUGAAGAAGUGGGAAGACAUGGCGAAUCUACCCCCACAUUUCAGAGAGCGUACUGAGAGGCUAGAAAGAAACUUCACUGUGUCAGCGGUAAUCUUUAAGAAAUAUGAACCCAUUUUCCAGGACAUUUUUAAAUAUCCUCAGGAGGAGCAGCCGCGUCAACAGAGAGGAAGAAAGCAGCGGCGACAGCCCUGUACCGUGUCCGAAGUUUUCCAUUUUUGUUGGGUGCUUUUUAUAUACGCAAAAGGCAAUUUCCCCAUGAUUAGUGAUGAUUUGGUCAAUUCUUAUCAUCUUCUGCUGUGUGCUUUGGACUUGGUUUAUGGAAAUGCCCUUCAGUGUUCCAACCGUAAAGAACUUGUGAACCCUAAUUUUAAAGGCCUAUCUGAAGAUUUUCAUGCUAAGGAUUCUAAACCUUCCUCGGACCCACCUUGUGUCAUUGAGAAGCUCUGUUCCCUACAUGAUGGCCUCGUUUUGGAAGCAAAGGGAAUAAAGGAACAUUUCUGGAAACCCUAUAUUAGGAAACUCUAUGAAAAAAAGCUCCUUAAGGGAAAAGAAGAAAAUCUUACAGGGUUUUUAGAACCUGGGAACUUUGCAGAGAGUUUUAAAGCCAUCAAUAAGGCCUACGAGGAGUAUGUCUUAUCCGUUGGGAAUUUAGAUGAAAGGAUAUUUCUCGGAGAGGAUGCUGAAGAGGAAAUUGGGACUCUGUCACGGUGUCUGAACUCUGGUCCAGGAGCAGAGGCUGCUGACAGGGCGCAGAUGAAGGCCAUCCUGCAGCAGCAUUUCGACAGGUCUAAAGCACUUCGGAUCUCCACACCACUCACUGGUGUGAGGUACGUUAAGGAUAACAGCCCUUGUGUGACCCCAGUUUCUACAGCAACACACAGCUUGAGUCGUCUUCACACCAUGCUAACAGGCCUCAAGAAUGCGCCAAGUGAGAAGUUGGAACAGAUUCUAAGGACAUGUUCCAGAGAUCCAACACAGGCUAUUGCCAACAGACUGAAAGAAAUGUAUGAAAUAUAUUCUCAGCAUUCCCAGCCUGAUGAGGAUUUCAGUAAUUCAACUAAAGAAAUUGCCAGCAAACAUUUUCGUUUUGCAGAGAUGCUCUACUAUAAAGUAUUAGAAUCAGUUAUUGAGCAGGAACAGAAAAGACUAGGAGACAUGGAUCUAUCUGGCAUUCUGGAACAAGAUGCAUUCCAUAGAUCGCUUUUGGCUUGCUGCCUUGAGGUCGUCACCUUUUCUUAUAAGCCUCCUGGGAAUUUUCCAUUCAUUACUGAAAUAUUUGAUGUGCCACUUUAUCAUUUCUAUAAGGUGAUAGAAGUAUUCAUUCGAGCAGAAGAUGGUCUCUGUAGAGAGGUGGUAAAGCACCUUAAUCAGAUUGAAGAACAGAUCUUGGAUCAUUUGGCAUGGAAACCAGAGUCUCCGCUCUGGGACAGAAUUAAAGACAAUGAAAACAGAGUUCCGACUUGUGAAGAGGUUAUGCCUCCUCAGAACCUGGAAAGAGCAGAUGAUAUUUGUAUUACUGGCUCUCCUUUGACUCCCAGAAGGGUGAAUGAAGUUCGUGCUGAUACUGGGGGGCUUGGAAGAAGCAUGACGUCUCCCGCGACACUAUAUGACAGAUACAGCUCCCCGACAGCCAGCUCCACCAGGAGGCGGCUGUUUGUCGACAACGAUAGCCCGUCUGAUGGAGGGACACCGGGGCGCAUUCCCCCACAGCCCCUAGUCAGUGCUGUCCCUGUGCAGAACGUAUCUGGGGAGGCUGUUUCUGUCACUCCCGUUCCUGGGCAGACUUUGGUCACCAUGGCAACAGCCACCGUCACAGCCAACAAUGGACAAACAGUGACCAUUCCUGUACAAGGCAUUGCGAAUGAAAACGGAGGGAUUACGUUCUUCCCAGUCCAGGUCAAUGUUGGAGGGCAGGCGCAAGCCGUGGCUGGCUCCAUCCAGCCCCUUAGCGCUCAGGCCCUGGCUGGAAGCUUGAGCUCUCCGCAGGUGACAGGAACAACCUUGCAAGUCCCUGGUCAGGUGGCCAUUCAGCAGAUCUCCCCAGGGGGACACCAGCAGAAACAAGGCCCACCCCUGACCGGCAACGGUAUCAGGCCCAGGAAGACCAGCUCUUUAUCGCUUUUCUUUAGAAAGGUUUACCACUUGGCAGGUGUCCGCCUUCGGGAUCUUUGUGCGAAAUUGGAUAUCUCAGAUGAACUGAGGAAAAAAAUCUGGACCUGUUUUGAAUUCUCCAUAAUUCAGUGUCCUGAACUUAUGAUGGACAGACAUCUGGACCAGUUGUUAAUGUGUGCUAUUUAUGUGAUGGCAAAGGUCACAAAAGAAGAUAGGUCCUUCCAGAAUAUUAUGCGUUGUUACAGGACUCAGCCACAAGCCCGGAGCCAGGUGUAUAGAAGUGUUUUGAUAAAAGGGAAAAGGAAAAGAAGAAAUUCUGGUAGCAGUGACAGCAGAAGCCAUCAGAAUUCUCCAACAGAACUAAACAAAGACAGAACCAGCAGAGACUCCAGUCCCGUCAUGAGGUCAAGCAGCACCUUGCCGGUCCCACAGCCCAGCAGCGCCCCUCCUACACCGACGCGCCUCACAGGCGCCAAUAGCGAUAUGGAGGAGGAGGAGAGGGGCGACCUCAUUCAGUUCUACAACAACAUCUACAUAAAACAAAUCAAAACAUUUGCCAUGAAGUACUCACAGGCAAACGUAAUGGAUGCUCCUCCUCUCUCCCCCUACCCAUUUGUAAGGACAGGCUCCCCUCGCCGGAUACAGCUGUCUCAAAAUCAUCCCAUCUACAUUUCUCCACAUAAAAAUGAAACAAUGCUUUCUCCUAGAGAAAAGAUUUUCUACUACUUCAGCAACAGUCCUUCAAAGAGACUGAGAGAAAUUAACAGUAUGAUACGGACAGGAGAGACUCCAACCAAAAAGAGAGGGAUUCUCUUGGAAGAUGGAAGUGAAUCACCUGCAAAAAGAAUUUGUCCAGAAAAUCAUUCUGCCUUAUUACGCCGUCUCCAAGAUGUAGCUAACGACCGAAGUUCUCACUGAGUGCUUGCCAUCAAGGCUGCUUAGAAUCCGGACGUGGAUUUCUUAACUCUUCGGCAAAGCUUUCGCAAGAGCUGCGGAGGACAGAGCGUGCUCACGCCUGUGUGUCAGAGGUCUGUGGCUGUGCUGCAGCAGAGGGACUGUGUUUCGUUCAUUCCCACCGGCGGCGUGACACGCAGGACAGAAACUUACUUAGGUGUUUGUCCCCGAACGUCUGGUAGCUGUGGGAGGGUUUGCGUUCCUGCGCGAGAGUAAGGGCAGGAGCCCCGCUCGGGGGGCCCAGGCUCGAGCCCCAGCAUCCUGGUCCCUCGGUGUCAUGGUUCCCUCUCCCCGUUAGGUGUGGUAGUGCGGGAAGCGCUGGGCUGUUUGGUGUGCAAUGUGUGAGUGAACUUGUAUAAGAAGUGGCACUUUAGGGCUGUAAAAAGCAUGGUUUUGUAACCCAGAUUUUGCUGUAUAUUUGCGAUGGCACUUUCUACAAUGUGAACUUUAUUAAGUACAAAACUUCCAGGCUAAACAUGCAAUAUUAUCAUCUUUGAUGCUUUUGUACUUUUUUUAAACUGUUAAAGCCCCAGUAGCCACCUUUGGGCAUGUGUUUUUAAUUCUCCGGUGUUUUGUUGUUCAUAGGGAUCGUUGGCUGAGUAAAGAUUUUAAAUCAAGGUGAAUUAAGGGAAUAUGGAAACUUCUGACCUCUUCUGUAGGAGGUAGUUACCCUGAAAGACACGUGUCUAUUAAGGUGAUAAAUCUAAAAUCUCUUUGGGUGUGUUUCUGGCAGUUUAAAAAAUAGGUUGGCGAAUUUAGGUUUUUAUUAGUACAUAGUACCAUUUAUAAAAAUUAGAAAGGUUAUUUAACAAUUGUUGAAUUAUCUAUAUAAACCUUUAUUAAUCACUAUCGUUCCAGCAGUUUUAAAGUCGAAUGAAUAAUCUUAUUAGGGAGAAAAUUCAAUUGUAAAUUGAAUCAGUAUGAACCAAGUUACUGGGUAACUUCAUAUUGCUCUGAAAGAAAUAUGGAACUUACACUGUUCAGUUAGAAUAGUGGUCUGCAAAAAUAUUUAUAAAACCUCUCAAGAUACUUACUGCUACUGUAAUUUUAUAUGAAAAUAAGUGUAUUUUUCAAUAAAGCAUUUAUAAAUUAA